CAGGCGUCGGAAAAUCCCACGCUAUACGAGCAUGUGAGGCGGUAACAUAACCUAUACAUGACGCGCGAAAACAUUUAUAAUAUCAAUGAAGUAGAGUACGGUUGUGUUCAGACACGUUACGCGUGUGUUCUUUGGACUUUAUUUCUGAAUUCUAUUCUCCUCUUCUAAAGAGGAAUUCUUUCUGUAGCAUCCUAUCAGUAACUCUCAUCUAAAUAAAAUUUCUGAUACUAACCCACAACUUGAUUUCUACAACAUUAGCGCUAUUUAUAUUCAUCGACUUGGCCGUGUGGGUCUGUGUAUCUCAGGUCCGGUGCCAUUCACUAGAAGAAGAAGAAGAAGUAUCAAUGAAGUAUCUGAUUAAAUGAAAAAUGAAGCGACUCAAAGCAGUUAUCGAAGAUGUGAUUGUGCAAUCUAAUAAAAUUCAACCUAUUAUUGUGAACUUUCAGAAUGGUAAGCUUAAAGAUGAAGAGGACAAGGAGAUAUCAUGUGGCUUAUUUCGUGAUCAAAAGGAAGAUAAAACUGUUCUGGCUUUAUCAAAUGGACAAAUCGUAUAUAAAGGUUACAGACCAGAUUUUGAAAAAGAUUCGACACGGACGAUGCUGGUACUCCAUAAUAAGAGAACAGGCAAAGUACGAUUAUUUGAAGCUGAACGAUGGCAGGUAACUCCGGUACUUGAGAAACCUGUUAUCGAAGAAAACAAAAGCAAAAUGGAAGAAAAAAUUGUUAUAUUGAAUAAAGAAUUUGGAUCAAAGAAAGUCAAGCGUAGAACUGAGCAAUUUGAAAGAAUGAAAGUGGAUGUUGAUUCUGUCAAGGGACAACUUGAGAAAACAGUGUCAAAUGUUGAAAUCGAUAGGCUAGAUUUGUCGAUUCAAUUACAAACUGAUGACUCUAUCUCAAAUAUAAUACUACCACCAUGUAACAGGGAGGCGAGUAAUGUCAAAGAUGUAUACAAUAUAUAUGACAUUAUUCCAAGAAGUAAACUGGAAAUGUUAUAUGAACAUGCAAUGGAAGUUCUUAAUGGAAAUCUAGAAGGGAAGAGUACAUUUUUUACACAUGCUUUAAAAUGUAUUCAAUCGGAUCCAGACAAUGUAAACAAGGUUGCUCUCUUAAUCUAUAUUGAAAUGGUUAAUACAUGGUGCGACAUGUUAUUGAAGGAUAUGAAGAAACGCGACGUUGUCGUGUGUCCAGUUUCUGAAGAAGUGAAUCAGCACAUCAUUGACACAUAUAGCGUGCCCAGCGCGAACGGACUAAUGAGGCCAAAUAUUAUGAAAGAUAAAGGUCUUGUACACUGCUUGAUCCUUGCACUGAUAAUAUCAAACUUUGAACUGGAUCUUGAACAGUUUCGAGUUAUACUUAAAAGGAAAACCGGUCUGAAAAAACUGAUGAAUUUUGUGAAAAUCAUUGGAGCAGUAUCUUCUAAGAAGGAUAAGAAUAUCAUUAUGCUUAAAGUUCCAUUGCCUUCUCCAAGUAAUAAACUUACUCCGGAGGAAAGAGAGCAGAAUUUGAAUCCACUGCUCUCAUCAGGAUGGACUAUUCAAUCGGACAGGGAUGCAAUCUAUAAAGAGUUUGUAUUCAAGAAUUUCAAUGAGGCUUUUGGGUUUAUGACAAGAGUGGCCUUACAAGCUGAAAAGAUGGAUCAUCAUCCUGAAUGGUUCAAUGUUUACAAUAAAGUAAAUAUUACUCUGUCUUCUCACGAUGUGAAUGGUUUGUCACAGAGGGAUGUGAAACUGGCAACUUUUAUAAACAAAGUUGCUGACAAAUAAAACUCAUUUGACUUAUCUAUUCUGACCUGUUAGAGCACUAUCUAUACAUAUACUUAUUAUAUAUAUGUUAAUGACAAUAAUGAGAGAAAUAUUUGUUAUUACUGAUUUGUAACAUAAAUAUUAUUAUGUAAUAAAUUACCUUUCUUUAGCCCA